CCCGCUUCCAUCUCUUCUCCGUCUCCCCUUCGUGAAGUCUCCGCUCCUCCUCUCAGGGCACCCAACCUGGAAACCGGACCAGAAUGUGACGGCAAAGUUUGAUUUGAUGGAAAGUGAGCGUUCCAGUCCUGGACCAUGGGCUAUGGGCAAAUCCUCCACAAAGGGGGCUACCACGAGCAGCAGCUUCGUCUCAACGUGGGAGGACUUCGCUUCGAGGUGGACGAAGACACGUUGCGGCAGUUCCCCCACACGCGUCUCGCCCGCCUGCUGCACUGCCAAAACGAGACGGCCAUCCUGGAACUGUGUGAUGACUACAGCGCCGCCGACAAGGAGUACUACUUUGACCGAAAUCCCAGAGUGUUCCUCUGCGUGCUCAACUUCUACCAGACGGGACGUUUGCACAUGAUGGAGGAUGUGUGUGUGUUUUCCUUCAGUCAGGAGAUUGAAUACUGGGGCGUGCAGGAGGUCCACCUCGCCGACUGCUGCAGCAACUGGUUCCACGAGAGGAAGGAGUACAUCCAUCACCGGGACUGGGACGCCAGGAGUGAGGACGGCCGGCAAGCCAGCUUCAGCUCGUCCCUGGCGGAGCUGUCAGCGUUGGAUCAGGACCUGGCCAAGUUUGAGGGAGCGUGGUGUGCCGAGUUGCGGAGUUACUUGUGGCUCAGGAUGGAGGAUCCGGGUCACUCCCGAGCGUCGAAGAUUAUCGCCUUGGCGUCCCUUAGCGUGGUGCUAACGUCCAUCAUCGCCAUGUGCGUCCACAGCAUGCCCGAAUUUCAACGCGUGGACGACAACGACAAGCCCAUCGAGGACCCCGUCCUCGCCAUCCUGGAGGUGAUCUGCAUCGUGUGCUUCUCCACCGAGUUCAUCAUCCGGCUGAUCGUGGCCCCCUCCUGCAGGAAGUUCCUCUGCAACCCCUUGAACAUGAUUGACAUCGCCUCCAUCCUUCCCUUCUACGCCACCCUGGCUCUGGAGAAGUCCGACGAGGAGAGCGCAGAAGAAAAUGAGGACCUUGAGAACAUGGGGAAAGUGGUACAGGUUCUCCGUCUCAUGAGGGUCCUCCGAAUCCUCAAACUGGCUCGGCACUCCGUCGGGCUGCGAGCGUUGGGUGCCACCGUGCGUCACAGCUACAACGAAGUUGGCCUCCUCCUUCUCUUCCUCUCCGUGAGCAUCUCCAUCUUCUCCGCCCUUAUCUACUUUGCCGAGAAGGAGGAAGAAGACACCGGCUUGGGCACCAUUCCAGCCGGUUGGUGGUGGGCCACCAUCACCUUGACAACGGUGGGCUUCGGGGACACCUGCCCCGUGACCCUGGCGGGGAAGAUAGUCGCCACGUUGUGUAUCAUCUGUGGACUUUUAGUAGUAGCCCUCCCCGUUACCAUCAUUUUUAACAAGUUCUCCAAGUACUACCAGAGGAACCAAGCCAUGGAGAGCCAGUGUAUCACCAAACCUGAGAGACAGGACCCUGAACUACCUUACUACAACAUCAGGGAUUUGUUCACCGAGAAGGUGUAUCCGUUCCUCGGGGGCAUCACUCUCAGGAACAGUGUAAGCAGCGUCGGGGAGGACACGGACGCCUCCAGCUUGCAGGACAUCGACAUGUACAAUGUUGAUAAUUGCGAGAAAUAAA